AUGGCGGAGAAUCAGAACUGCGCGAGGAUGACGAGGGCGGCGACGAAACGAAAGGCGUCCAUGGCGUUUGCAACGGUGGAUGAAGACCCAACAGUUAGCAAGAAGAGAGUUGUUCUCGGUGAGCUUCCGAAUAUGUCCAAUGUCGCUGUUCAACUGAAACCCAAUCGGGAAAGAGAGAUCCUGAAGCCUAGUAAAUCAACUGUCUUCGCCGGGAAGAAGCAGAAGAAGAAAGCUCCAAUGCAUCCUGUGGCGGUUCUUCCACCGAGCGUAGAUUUCGAAUCGAGAUCUGUUGAUCCUCAGAUGUGUGGACCUUAUGUGACCGACAUCUCUGCGUAUCUUCGUGAAAUGGAGGGGAAGCCGAAGCAAAGACCUCUACAUGAUUAUAUUGAAAAGGUUCAGAGUGAUCUAACGCCGAACAUGAGAGGGGUUUUAGUGGACUGGUUAGUGGAGGUCGCCGAGGAAUACAAACUCGUCUCCGACACACUUUAUCUCACUGUCUCUUAUGUCGAUAGAUUUUUGUCUGCAAAUCCUAUUAACAGGCAAAGGCUUCAGCUUGUGGGAGUUUCUGCAAUGCUUAUUGCGUCGAAAUACGAAGAGAUAAGUCCUCCUAAAGUGGAAGAUUUUGUUUACAUCACUGAUAAUACGUUUACGAAACAAGAUGUGGUUUCGAUGGAGGCAGAUAUACUUCUUGCUCUACAGUUUGAAUUAGGAAGUCCAACUAUCAAAACAUUCCUAAGACGGUUCACAAGAGUUGCUCAAGAAGAUUUCAAUGAGUCACUAUUGCAGAUAGAGUUUCUCUGUUGCUAUCUAUCAGAACUGAGUCUGUUAGAUUAUAGCUGUGUGAAGUUUUUGCCAUCACUUUUAGCUGCUUCUGCCGUCUUUCUCGCACGAUUCAUUAUCCGUCCAAAACAAUAUCCUUGGAAUCAAAUGUUAGAAGAAUACACAAAGUACAAAGCAGCGGAUCUGCAACAAAGUGUGGGUAUCAUACAUGACUUAUAUCUAAGCAGAAGAGGACACGGUCUAGAAGCUGUGAGAAAUAAAUACAAGCAACAUAAGUUCAAGUGCGUUGCGACCACGCCUGUUUCACCUGAGCUACCUCUUGCCUUCUUUGAGGAUGUUACCAUUAGAGAAAAGGCUUAA